AUGACACCUUUUCAACAUGAUGCUUCGCAUGUUGCCACAAUAGGUCAGCAAGUGCACACCUCAGGAAACGAAAAGUAUGGAAAAUGCAUAACGCUCUCAGAACUAGAAAACAACCAAGGCAAAACACAUCAAUAA